AUGGCGAAGCGCACGGCAGACCAAGCGGAGGCCGGCCCGCUCAAGGCCGGCGGGCGCCCAGAGGCAAUGGACGUCGACGACAAGCCGGCCGACAUGGGCGAGUUCGAGGACGAGUUCGAGGACGAAUUCGAGAGCGAAGAUGAAAUCAUCGAAGCCGGCGUUGAUGGGCGGCCCGACGCCGAGCGCGAAGCUGAGGAGGCCAUGGAUGUUGAUCCCGCUGCGCCCGGCACCUUCAUGGUCGGCCGAACAAAACUCGAACCCGGCCAAACACUCUCCCCUGACCCUUCCACAUACCGCAUGCUGCACAACCUUAGCACGCCGUGGCCAUGCCUCUCCUUCGACAUUGUUCGCGACAGCUUAGGCGACAACCGCAGCGUCUACCCGGCGACGAUGUACACAGUGUCCGGGACGCAGGCCGACAGCGCUAAAGCCAGCGACAACUCGCUCAUGGUCAUGAAGUUCAGCGGGUUGAGCAAGAUGCAAGGCGGCGAAGGCGACGAGUCGAGCGACGACGAAGACGAUGACGAGGAUGCCGACCCCAUCCUCGAGCACCGCAGCAUCCCGCUCAACACCACAACCAACCGCAUACGCGCCCACCACACCCCGUCCCAAGACCCAUCCAAAUCCCCGGUUACCCUCACCGCGACCAUGACCGAGUCCUCCAACGUCUUCAUCCACGACAUCACCCCCCACCUCGCCUCCUUCGACACCCCCGGCACGGUCAUCACACCCCAGCAAAACAAACCCCUCAGCACCAUCCGCGCCCACAAAACCGAAGGCUAUGCCGUCGACUGGUCGCCCCUCCACCCCGCCGGCAAACUCCUAACCGGCGACAACGACGGCCUGAUCUACGUCACAACCCGCACCGACGGCGGCGGUUUCGUAACCGACACCCGGCCCUUCCAAGGCCACACCUCCAGCGUGGAAGAAAUCCAAUGGAGUCCCUCUGAGGCGUCGGUGUUCGCCUCAGCCUCGAGCGACGGCACCAUCCGCGUCUGGGACGUCCGCAGCAAAGGGCGGAAACCCGCGCUGUCCAUGCAGGUCAGCAACGUCGAUGUCAACGUCAUGUCCUGGUCGCAGCAGACCACCCACCUCCUGGCCUCCGGCGACGACGCCGGCGUGUGGGGGGUCUGGGACCUGCGGCAGUGGAAGCCUAGCGCGGCUGGGUCGAACGCGAACGCGGGUGCCGGGGCGGCGUUGCAGCGGCCGAGUCCGAUUGCCAGUUUUGGGUUUCAUAAGGAGCAGAUUACUAGUGUGGAGUGGCACCCGACUGAUGACAGUAUUGUGGCGGUGUCGGCGGGGGAUAAUACGGUGACGCUGUGGGAUUUGGCGGUGGAGUUGGAUGAUGAGGAGAGUAAAGACACGGCUGGCGUGCAGGAUGUGCCGCCGCAGUUGUUGUUUGUGCAUUACCAGAACCAGGCGAAGGAGGUGCAUUGGCAUCCGCAGAUACCGGGGACGUUGGUGGCGACGGGCGAGGAGUUUAGUGUGUUUAGGACGAUUAGCGUGUAG